GCGCUGCCCUCUCCCGCCCGGGCGCCCGACUUCAUGCGGAGGUCCAGGGCCGCUUUGUUUCUGUCGUCCAGGGACAAGGAGGUGUGUUGCACUGCAUCGACUCGAUUUGCUACCACACUGGUGGCCCCCUGGCCAUUGGCGACAUCGAGGAGGUCAAUGGGGAGCUUUGCAUUCGUUGUCCGUGGCACGACUACGGCGUUAGACUGACAGAUGGAGCGAAGCCGUACCAGUCCAUGAAAUUUGAUCCGGCAACCAAGAAGCUGAUUCCUGACGGCUGGAAGUACACACGCAACACGCAGCGGACACAUGAGGUGAUGCUUCGUGAGGGUGGCGGGCAGGAGGGAGGAAUUUGGGUAAAACUCAGCCAAGAGGGCAAGUUCGAGAGCGAUCAGUUUGCCUACAACGCCAACGCUGCUAAAAAUGUGGCACAAGGCGACCGCGCCUUUGCGCCGGACGGCAAAAGUCUUGAUUGCCCGGAGAAGCCUCCCUCUUCUGGCUACAAGAGGAGUGGCGAGGUGAUGGCGGAGCUGAGGGCGAAAGCGUCGGCCCAGAAGAUGCCGCCACCAGCUCUGCUGACCCAACCUGCUACCUUGCAGAGCUUGCAUCCGCGCGAGUGGCGGCCUUUCCGCCUUUUGAGCAAGAAGCAGCUGGCAGGCAGCAUCUGGCUGUUCCGCUUCGCUCUGCCUGCGGAGCAACGGCUUGGCUGGGCGUCGCUGCGGCAUGUUCAGAUACGCAUGACGUUGCCAAAGACGGAUGGAAGUGGUCCUGCAACUGUGGAGCGUGAAUACACUCCAGUCUCUCCGUUGGGCCGGCCGGGUAGCUUCGACUUGGCUGUGAAGAUCUACUCAGAAGGCUUGCUGACGCCUAGGCUUGCCAAGAUGGCACCAGGACAGUUGGUAGACAUGCGCGGGCCGCUGGGUGAUUUCAACCUCUCAUGGUCAGCAAAGACACUGACAAGGCUACAGCAGAUCGUAAACUUCCGAAGUCUGGUUUUCGUGGUGGCUGGCAGUGGCAUUACUCCAGCCAUCCAGGCACUUCAGGACUGGGUCGCUUCAGGCCUCGGGCGGAGUGAGAUCUCUGUCACGCUGGUCUACUCCAAUCGCUCAGAGGAUGAGAUCGCCUUCCUGACAGAAUUGCGACAGUUGGAGCAGCAGUUUGCCAGUCGCUUCCGCCUGUUCUUGGCAGUAAGCCAGCCCAAGGCUUUCAAGGAUGGUCAUUGCGGCCGCGUGGACCAGAAGGUGCUGGAGCAGUGGCUGGGCCAUGGGAGCAACGACACCCUGGCGCUGGUAUGUGGUCCGCCCGGCUUCAACGAUCUGAUGAAGGAGGGUUUGUGCAACCUGGGUUUCGCACACAUUUUCUGUUUGUAG